AUCAGAUUGUUUCGCAACCGCAUCAGACAAUUCAUGAUUCAAAAAUAGGUAGUGCAGAAGCUAAUCCAGUUUUAUCAUCCAAUGAUUAUAAGCGAGGUGAAGCAGUAAAAAAGGUAUCCUAUUUUUCUUCACACUGCUUAGAGUCUGAACCUGAUGAAAGAAAAGUAAAAGAUGAGAUAGGGACCCAAAGAGACCAUCUUCAUGUUGAUCAAAAAUCAAAAGAAAAAUAUGAUAGUAUCUCAGCCUCGCCCAUUGUUGCAUUAGGAGCUGAUAAGGCUUUAGUUGAUAAUCAGUAUAUGCUUCUGCCUAUAUUCGAACUCAUGAUUCUUGCUUUA